AUGCAGUCCAACAGCAAUGGUGGCAACAAUUCGAACUCGGACUUUUCAAAAAAAGAUGAAUUUAGACGAUAUUUAGAAAAGUCUGGAGUUUUGGAUGCGCUAACAAAGGUUUUAGUCGGCCUGUACGAGGAACCUGAUCGUCCAAACAAUGCUCUGGACUACAUGAAACGAUACCUGGGAGCUCCAUCCGCAGUUGAUAUUGAUGGAAUAAAACAAGAAAAUUCCGAGUUAAAGAUUCAAAUCGAAAAGAUGAAAAAGCAGCUGGCGGAGCUACAAGAAUAG